AUGUUUAACACUAACACGGCCCAGGUAAAGCCUUCGACGGGAGGGUUAUUUUCGACGAACCCGCAGGAGGAGAAAGCUCAGGAGGAGCCACCUUCCAGUCUCUUUGCCAAGCCAGCUGCCGAUAAGGCCCCUUCGGGUUCGUUUGGGCAAGAGGCAAAGGAGACUAAGGCUCCGUCUGGUCUCUUUACGAGCAAAUCGGAUAAUUUGUUUGGGACAAAACCGCAGGAGAAGCCGCCUUCGAGCCUUUUCUCGCAACCACCACCGAGCCAGGAGAAACCAGCUUCUAGCUUGUUUUCACACCCUCCUCAGGAUAAGCCUCCUGCCAGCCUAUUUGCGAAGCCAGCUCAGGACAAGCCUCCUGCGAGUCUUUUUGCGAACCAGUCACAGGAGAAGCCGCCCUCUAGUCUAUUUGCCAACCAGGCUCAGGAGAAACCACCCUCGAGCCUAUUUGCAAACCAAUAUCAAGAAAAGCCCCCCGCCAGUCUCUUCGCACAGCCAAAGCCGCAGGCCCCAUCCUCAAACAUGUUUGCUGCUCCCAAACAGCCUCAGGCUCCCCCAAAGCCAUUGUUUGGAGGUGCUGCUCCUAAGCCAUCUCUCGGAGGCAGAUCCGCCAUCGGGCAGCACCAUACCAGACAACCUAGCAAACUGAGCCGCAGCGUCAUGGCCGAGGAAUUUGCUUCAGAGGAAGAGGGCAUCGCUGAAGAAAUCGAGGAACCGGUUCUUCCUACCGCCAAGAGAACUCAGUUUGCCCCCACGACCACGAGCAAUGCGGGAACCACGGCGCCAACUAGAGGUUUCGCCGUUCCAGAGUCUGAUAGUGAGGAUGACGAAGGCGACACCGACAUGUGGUUGGAUAUGAACGCGGCUGCUGCUGCUAAGCGAGCCCAAGUAGGUGAUGAGUCUGAUCUGCUCAUGUUCGCCACACCCGCUGCCACCGAGAGAGCUCGUAUGGACGCGGAGAACAUCUUCCGUGCUACCGCCCGGUCGUCUGUCGGUCCAAGCGGCUUCACCAAGCCAAAGGAAUUCCGCUUUGCGGCUUUGGCCAAGGAUGCCUACAGCCGGAUGGGCACCGCCGAAAUCAAUGAAACUCCUCAGAUCAUCCUCAACACGGAGAACCUCAUCGAGAAGCUCUACGACGAGGGCGUUGGCGAGGAGGGGGAAAACCCCGAGAAGAUGGACGACGUCCUCGCUGAGGUUGCGGGCGGCGUGGCGGAGCUGUGGAGGGACUACGCGAACAAGCUGCCGAGGCCGUACGAGGAGCAUCCGGUCGAGAUAGGGCCCGGCCCGCAUGCGACCACGUUUGAAAAGGCAAACUAUUUGGCUAAUCUGGCGCUGCGGAUCCACCACACGAGAUAUGAGGAGGGGAUGGCGGAGCCGCUGCCGCAGACGAUGUUUCAGUGGCUGGAGGAGUAUCAUGAUAUGUACCAGAACCAGACGGAGGAGAUUUUGGCGCACAACCCCAGCCCGGCGUGCCACGGGCUGUUCUGGCAGGCGGUUUUUGUGAGCUUGCUGAGGGGGAAGGUGGAGGAUGCGGUGGCGCUGCUGGCGAAUGCCGGGUGGGAGGCUGUGAGGGGGGUGAAUAGGGAGUAUGCCUACACGGAGAGGGCGCUGGAGAAUGUGGACAGGGCGGUGGGGGAGCUGGUGAGUGUUUUGGAGGGGUGUCCGGGGGUGGGGGGGGGUUGGGAGAUUUAUGGGGGGGAGUGGGAGCUGUUUAGGGUGAGGGCGAGGGCGAGUUUGGAGUUGUUGAGGCGGUUCGCGGAGGGGAGUGAUGAGGGGGAAUUUGGGGGGAGCCUGGGGAGUAACAAGGAGAGUUUUGGGGGGAUGGCGAGACGGGCGGAGAGCAAAGUGCCGUGGGAGAUUUAUGAGAAUCUGAAUAUUGUUUUUGACAUUGUGCUGGGGGAGAAGGCGGCGAUUAUGGAGGCGGCGCAGGACUGGCUGGAGGCUACGGUUGGGUUGCUGGGGUGGUGGGAUGAGAGCAGGGUGGAGAGGAAGGGGGGGGAGGGUGGGAAGGGGUUUAGGGGAAGCCAGAUGGGGAGGUCACAGGCUUUGGUUGUGAGGGAUAGGGGGGUGGAGGAUGGGAAUUAUUUGGAUAGGUUGGGGAGGGCCUUUCACGCGGCGGUGGAGAGUGAUUUCCACUUCAACAGUCAGAACCCGGUUGAGUUGGGGAUGGCGUGCAUCUUUGAGGAUAACGUCAAGGCUGUUAUUGGGCUGCUGAGGGGAUGGUCGCUGCCGAUCGCGACUGCACUGGCCGAGAUUGCCAGCUUGGGCAAGUGGCUGCCAGCUCACCGGCCGGUGGGCGUGUUUGGGUUUGAUGACCUGGACAUGGAUGAUCUGGAGGUGCUGGGUGUCGAUCCUGGGAGCCCGGACGAUGUUGAUGGCAUCAAGGAUAGCACCCUUGCCCAGUACGCCAGGGCCUUGUCCGAGUUUGAGGAGCUUUCCAAGGUGGCGGUUCAGGGAGUCACCAGGGAUGGAUGGGAGCUGGCCAUUCACGUGCUGGGGAGGAUGGACUCUGCCGAGUACAGCGAGGACCUGAUGAAGGAUUUGGUGCAGCAGCAGAUUGACAAGCUGCAUGUUGACUCGAGCAGGACGGUGGAUAAGCUAUGGAGCUUGUUGAAUGAGUUGGGGAUGAUUCCUUAUGCUGAGGACACCGCUGAGUCUUUUGGUGAGAUCCUCGCCCGCGACUCGAAACGCUACGGCGAGGCAAUGUGGUACUACGCUCUCGCUCACCGCCCUAACAAAGUCCGCGAGGUCAUGAACCUUUUGCUGUCCUACUCCCUCAUCCAGUCCUGCGCCUUCCCUCCUGCCCAGGAGCUAGACAACUACCUCGAGCGUCUCCUCAACGACAGGAACAAAACCCUCGAGGACCUCGCUGCCAGAGACAUGGAAGGUGCUGAGCUCCUCGGCAAGAUGCUCAGCGGUUAUGCUUCCCUCAGACAAUUCUACGACAUUAGAGACAACAAAGACUCCCUCCCUGGCCACAUCAGCCCCUUUGCACGGAAGCAGCAAGCCGCCACUGCUCUAGUCAGCGUGAUCGCCAGUUCGGACGACAACAUCCGCGGCGGUCUGUACGAUCAAACACGCGAUGGGAUCGUCUCGGAAGACUUCCUUCUUGCUUUGCUCGGGGAGGCACUGGUGUUUGUGACUGAUCCGUCUAAUACAAACGUUCACUUUGGACAGGCUAGCCAGCCGGUCUUGAGCAUGGAUCAGAUUGACACUAUACUCAAGGCGAUUGAGGACCUGGAGGCGGUGGGGGAGAGGGUCAAGGAGGCGUGUGAGGAGUUUUUGAGGGUGGUGCUGGGGAAUGUGCCUGGGAGUGGACUGGCGAAGGGGGGGAGGCCGGAGGAUUUGUUGGGGAAGGGCAAGGGGGGGAAUUUGAUGCUUGCUGGUGCGGGAAGUGGGAUGGGGAGGGUUGUGAGUGAGUUGAGUAAGAGCUUGAGUGGUGGGAACGGCGGAAGGGGGGUUGGCAAUGUGAAGAGGGGGUGGGAUUGGAGGGUUGGGGAGGGGAUUGGGAGGAAUACGGCGGGGAAGGAGAUUAUGAGAAGGUUGAGGUUGGGGUUGGCGAAGGAUGUGGCCGGGUUGUGGUUGGUUGGGGCUGAUGAGGUGGAGUGGUGA